AUGAAUGGAGGUAGAAAACGUCGAAUAAGUGUGCACUUCGUAGCAGGAUCCCUUUUCGUACUUGCAGUUUCAGUGGUUACGGUAAGCCUUCUUGAGUGACUCUUUCUAGGUAAUUUGAUUCAAUUCGUUUUCAGGCACAACAAGUUUUCGACGGGAAUGGACAGACAGCUUUUGUGAGACAACAGGUAACUGACUAGUCGGAGCGCCUUUCCAAGAGGUUUCCCUUCCAGCAACCGUUCCAACCUCAGCCUCCAUUCCAACAGAAUCGCAACUUUGUGUGAGUCCUUCCAUUCCCGCUUCUCUUGCACCCACCCGCUCAAAGCUUUCCAAAUGCGAGAAUGACGUGUUCUGUGCCCUCUUGUGAAUGAUAUACAUAUAAAAGGGAAGUGAACAUUGGCGGGCCGACAGUGUAAGCGUUACAACUUGCUUGAAUGGUUAUGAUAACAUCUGUUCUGUCAUCUCAGCCGGAAAACAAUUAGAGCGAUGCAUACAAAGAGAAACUGAAAUCGAGAAGUGUUAAUGCUAAUGUUCAUGACAGUCUGGAAUGGAAUGCGUCGAGAAUUUCCUGUUUCGAAGUGUGCUAUUAUUUGUGCGAAAUCAUGCAAUUACGCGCUUCUUUGAACAUCCUAGCCCCACCGACAGGAGUACGGUGUUCCCUUGGAACUACAGUACCCAUCGCCUCCGUGUGCUUCAAUCUGUCUUUCAGCCUCACGUCGGCGCCUCUGUUCCGCCAUCGCAAUCUCUUCGCCCGUCAGAUCAGCCACCGUCACCGCACCCGUCAAAGGUCCUCCUCUACGGUCCGAACCACCACUCAUCAACCGUCCGUUGCUCCGCUAACCCGUCGUGUGCCCCCACACAUUCGCAAACGAAUCCGGCCUUCUUCCCGCACUAAACCUACCAUGCGUGCUAAUCAACGAACAACGACAAUCAAGUCUAACAUUUCCAGAAGGCAGCAGCCGCCGGCGCCAUUUCAACAGCAGAGACAGCAGCCGUUCCGAUUCCAACAACAGCCGAUUCAGCGGCAGCAGCAGCCACGUCUCCAGCCGGCGUUUGUCCGUGGAGGGAUGCCCCGAGCGGUUGCCGUCCCCCCUAACCGUCCCUUCGCUCUCCGAGCUCCCCUCUCUCCGAUACCGUUCGGAUCUGUCCAGCAGCGGCGGCUACAGACCGCCCGUCGUCUCCCCCAGAACAACAUGCGUCUGUCCCUCCGUCCUCCGGCACCCCCUUCGACGCCUCCGAUCCUUACCACUACCACUCCUCUUCCUUCUCCUCCCCCUCCUCCUCCGUCCACCAUUCCGACGACUCCAUCCCCUCCGCGCCUUCCUUCGUCCAAUUCGACUUCCAUCAAAUCAGCCGGAGGACUUCUUCGCCGUCCGAUUAUCGUUCAGCAGUUGAACUUGAACCUGCGAAGGAAGCCUCAGAUGACACGUGGACAGUUCCGGAGACCUUCUUCUAACCAUCCAUUCCCCCCGAUCCGCCAUCAACUGACUCACCGAGUUAAACCCGAUAGGUUUGAUACUAACUGGAAACCGAUGCUAAUAAAUAAGAGUUCAAUAGAAUGAGGUAGCCGAUCUUUUGCAGAGUGACGAGACCGAUUCCGACAACGACUCAGAGCACAACAGAAGUUACGACUACUCUUGAGACCAUCGCUUCAGGUUUGAACUAAAUACUUAUUUUUUCGAAACAUUAGAUUCAGAAGCGGUGCUCCGAAAAGUGAACCAUCAGAAGCGAGUGGACGACAUCGAAGCAGCCAUUCUCCAGGCAGUCAUUGGUUUUCUUUCCCGUUUCUCUUCCCCUUUCAGAAUUCCUUUUCCAGAGUCUUCUUCCCCCGUUCCCCCGUCAUCCACUCAUCGUCCGCGCAGAAUCCGGCCGGGUCAACAGCACCGCACAGCAGCUCCACGCGUCGACAGCAUAGAAGAAGCCGUGCUGCGAGCAGUUCUUGAGGCGAAUCCGCCCACGGCUGCUACACAAGAAACGACGACGACGACAGAAGAGAACACGGCGGUGACGACGACUGAGGAGCCGACGACAACGGCACAGAAAACAGGUGAGAGUGGAAUCGCGGGGGGAAAACGGAAGAGAGGUAUUUAGAAGCGACGUCGCUGUUUCCGGCAUUUGCGACGAGAAGACAGACGCAUAGAAGACGGACGACAACAACGGAAACACCGACAACUCCAGAAGUGACGAUGACGACGGAAACGACGACGAUGAGCACGGAAGGUGGGUAUAAUCGGAAAGAGGGUGCUGAGGAACUGUUUGCAGAGCCAACAACAACAACGACGACGACGACGACAACGACAGAAGCACCAUCGACUACUUCAGAAGAGCCGACGACGAUCACGAUUGCAGUGCCGGAGGAGGAGUUCGAGGACAUAAACGCGCAGACGGAAGACCAUCAGCUGCAUCAGAUUGAGGAGAACGUGAUCGCAGGUGCUCCGUCCCUUCCCUUCCUUUCGGAGCAAUCGUUCCUUUCAGCCCUCUCCACUCCGUCCACACCGCCGACGUCUCCUGCCCCUCCUCCUUCUUCCUCUUCUUCUUCUUCUCCGUCUCCACCUGCUCCUCCUUCCAUUCCAACGUCAUCUGAAUCUCCGUUUUCUGCUGCUGGACCGCCCGGAUCGAUGCCUCCUUCUGAUGACAUCGUCGACGAACUGAACGAAUCCUCCGACUUCCUCCAGGCGGCCCAACGUCUUCAUCUGCUCAGGAGGCUUCUUCAGUGA